ACACUUGCAGAAUAUUUUGAAAAUCAAGAAGUUCACAACCUUGUUGCUUACACAAUUUAAUUUUGUUUCUUAAUAACUGAGGAGCAAGGCAGUAUUGAUUCAAUAUUUGAAAAUUAGAAAACGUUAAAAAAGCUUCAUUUAAAGUCUACCAAAGAUGCAAGAACAAAAAUCUUCUACUCCGAUCAACCAUCUUAACAAUUAUACCACGAAAUUAUGUGUAAAACUUCUCACAUUCAGUGAGAAUGGACAAUUUUCAGAUAUUUGCAUCAUUUCUUCCGAUGGUAUAAAAUUCAAUGCACACAAAUGUGUCCUGUCAGCAGCAAGUGAUUAUUUCAUGGCAAUGUUUGGCGGUAGUUUAAAGGAAUCCUCAUCUACUGAAGUUAAAAUUCACGAGAUAAAUGGAAAAGUCUUGCAACUUGUACUCACAUUUUUGUACACCGGGCAAAUCCAACUUCAAAGUGACACGAUGAAGGAUAUUUUGAGAGCUGCAACAUUUUUCCAAAUUCAACCUCUUAUCACGGAGUGUUAUAAUUCAAUGGCGGAAAAUUUAGACGCAAAAAAUUGUUUGGAAAUAGCAUUGUUUGCUAAUCAACACGAAUUGCUUGAACUCUACAAGAAAGCCACCAAAUUUGCAAGUUUGAAUUUCGAAAAAAUCUGCAAGGAAAAUGACAUUCUUCAGCUCGAUGAACAUCAAUUGGGUGAAAUUAUUUCAAGUGAAGAGCUUUGUGUAAGCUCGGAAGAGAUAGUUUAUUUAAAUCUGAUCAAAUGGAUGGAGCACGACAAAUUGAAUCGGGAACAAAGUGCCAUCAAAUUGUUGUCCAGAAUUCGUUACUGGCUUUUAAGUCCGAAUUUUAUCAAAGAACACAGAUCCAAGCUACCGAAGCAAAUGGAAUGUUUUGACAUGGUUUGCACUUGGCUUGAAUGGCAUUUACUACCCGAGUGUCAAAAAAACACACCAAUGGCAUUCUCCAAACCCAUAAAACCUGGCCUUCUAUUUGUGGGUGGUGGAAAAAUACAAACGUAUGAUGAUAAACUUAACAUUUGGACAAUCGAGUCAUUUCAAAAUCUACCAACUUCUUUUAUGAAUGUUGUAGCGGCCAAAUAUAAGCUUAUUUUUGCCAUAUUAUCUUCUAGAACUUUAUUAUCCUUCGAUCUUCAGACACACGAAGUCACAAACUUACCUAGCAGGAAUGGACAAAGUGAAUAUAACGGCAUGGUCAUGCUAAAUGAUGAAUUAUAUGUUUUUAGCAAAAACUCACGUCUUGUAGAGAAAUUCAACUUUUCCACUUAUAAAUGGCACAACGUAACUCCGAUGAAUACAAUUUUUGUGAAUCCCAAAGCUGCUAUUGACGAUGGAAACUUGUAUGUAGUUAGUUCUGAGUCUUCCUUUAUGGAUAUCUUUAGUCAUGCAACGAACGAUUGGACAUCAAAGGCUGUUAAAGAUAUUCCAAAGUUGGGGUUUGGAUUUACAGAAGCUAAUGGAAAUCUUUUCAUAGUUGGUGGUAGAGAAGAAAUUAAAUCCAGAUACAUUACAAAGAACAAUUAUUUUAAGAAGGUUCAAAUAUACGAUCAAUUCGUUUCUAUGUGGAAAAAUUUCGAUGAAAUGAAAUUUGCCUUAGCUGAAAUGUAUUGUACAUCUUGGAAUAAACAAUUGAUUACUUGCGGUGGCAUGGACGACACUUCUACGUAUUUGAAUUUGGUGCAAGCAUAUUACCCUAUUAAUUUUAAUUAUCAAAGUAAAUAUAAGUGGAAAACAUUGUCCCCAUUGAUUGAAUACAAACCUAAUACUUCUUACGGUCUUGUAGCAAUUAACUGAUUUUGCACAACUGAUAAAAUAACUAACUUUAAUUAAUCAUUUGUAUUUACUGGAAAAUUCAAUAAAUUCCUUUUUUUUGUUUAA